AUGCUCUCCUCCCAGCUCCUGCACCGCGCUGCCCAACUUCAGAGCCAGGUGCCGCUCGGACGACUGGCGGCUCGAUGGGCGCCCGCUGUCGGCGUCAUCCUUGCGCGCUCACUGCAAACGUCAGCGCGGCGAGCCAUCACCAAGAGCUGCAACGUGGAGGACGUGCACGUGGCGGAGACGGAGAACGAGGCGGCCAACGAGUUCCUGGGCGUGCGCUUCAACGCCGCCAAGAUCCGGAAGUACAGCGCCGAGCUCGAGGUGGGCGGCCGCGUGAUCGCGGGCGGCGACUUCUGGACGCCCAUGGACGCCGCCAAGGCCUACGACAAGCUCGUGGCCUCGCACGGCGACGAGACCAUGCCGCGCAACUUCUCCUGA